AGCAACUCACCAACUUUCAUCGACGAAUCUAGUCGCGAUGCAUGAAAUCAUCACUGUUCAGCUCGGACAGCAAAGCAACUACCUAGCAACACAUUUCUGGAAUACCCAGGAAUCUUACUUCACCUAUUCCGAAGCCGAAGGAGAGUCGCCCAUCGACCAUGACAUCCACUUCCGCCCCGGUCUCGCCCCAGACGGCAGCGAAACCUUCAUGCCCCGGACUGUCAUCUACGACUUGAAAGGGGCAUUUGGCACCCUCCGCAAGAUCAACGCCCUCUACGAAGUUGACGAUGAGUCGACUCCGCCACAGGCUCUCUGGCACGGCCAAACAACCGUCCACCGCGCCCCCCAGAUCCCGCUCUCAAGCUACCAACAGGCCCUGAACGCGGGGACGGCGCCCCCAGAACCACUGACUCGGUCGAGCGUGCGCUUCUUUUCGGAUUUCUCGCGCGUGUUUUACCACCCCCGCUCUGUGGUCCAGCUGAACGAGCACAACCUUUCAUUAUCAUCAUCAUCAGUAUCAUCGACGGGUACGGGCACGGGAGGAGCAGGUGGUGGUGGUGGGGGUGGGCUGUCGACCUUUGAGCACCAUGCUGCAGGCGACGCCCUGUUUGCGGCCCUCGACGCCGAACACGACCUCCUUGACCGCGACCUGCGCCCCUUUGUCGAGGAGGCCGACCACAUGCAGGGCGUUCAGCUUUUCGCGUCGUUUGACGACGCCUGGGGCGGGUUUGCGGCUCGCUACUUGGAGCGUGUGCGUGAUGAGUAUGGGAAGUGUCCCGUCUGGGUGUGGGGGUUGCAAAAUGGUGGACGCGGGGCGAUGGUGGGGAGGGACAAGAGACUGUUGCGACUGGCGAAUAAGGCCAGGACGAUUACAGAGGCGUACAAGCAGGCUUCCAUCAUCGUGCCGCUGGCGUUACCCGAAAUGUUACCCUCGGGAAUGAUGCAGACGCUGGACCCGACCUCGCAAUGGCAUGUCUCGGCGCUGCUAGCGUCGGCGGUAGAGAGCGUUAUGCUGCCGUCGAGGAUGAGAGAUGCUUCGAAGAGGGAGACUCUUGGUGGCUUGGCCGAGGUGUUGAAUGCAAUGGGCAAGCAGAGCGUGGCAGGCUUGCAGAUGAGCGUUGACCGGCCGGAAGCUACUGAAGGCCAAAGGGGGGGUGCUAGGCUGAGGCAGCUGUCUGAGGAGGAACUUUCUGAGGGAGUGCAGCUCGACCUUCGGUUCACCCCUUCCGAUCAGCUCGAUUCCUACUCUCGAUCGAACGGGUUUUACAAGCCACGAGUCUUCAGCCAGGUCAUUUCUUCGCGAGGUUACGAUGAUGAGGAGGUCGAGGACAUGGAAGUGGACGAGGCGGGGCGACGACUUCGCAGAAGUGCUUACGAGCCAGUGACAAAAGGCUAUAACUCGACCCUCAGGUUUCCCCUUCUGGAUAGUUUCCCUGCCGACAUAUUCCGGAACGACGAUGUAUCGCCACCCACAGACAGCAUCAACAUCACUAGCAGCCUAGCAACUGACUCAUCCGUGUCCGGCAAGCUGAAACUCCUUCGAUCAACCGUAAUUCGGUCGAUUGGCUUAGAGGACCGUGAGACUCUUGGAAACGACCUCAUGGAUAUGGCAGACGAGUACCAUGAGGGAUGGUCAAGUGGAAGCGACGAAGGGGAAGACGAUUAACGUUCAUGAGAUGAAGAAAUGGGGCUUGCAGGCAGUGCGGUUCUUCAGCCAUUAGUGGGGAAGUGAAAAACGGCCGCUAAUGCCUGGCGAUUCGGGCAGCGCAACGCCGUCAAUGUCCAAAAGAUAUCGUCCUCAAACAUAUGAUACAGGACAGAAGUCGGGAUGCCACCAGAGGGCGACAUUGAAGAAUCAAAAGAAAGUGAAGUUGCCCAGUGUCCAGAACCUCCGAGGUUGUACUGUACACACAGGAGUUAAUACAUGGAAAACCUGCCAUGAUAUCGCCC